GCGACCUCUCAUGCUCUUUUCUGCUCUUUUCGGUGACUCCUUCAUGUAACCCGGGCAUCGUUAUCCUGCGGAGAUAGCAAAUUGUUCAAUCUAUCUGCACAUGUAUAAUAAUGGCAACUAUAUUACGAUCAUCAAAGUACUUCCGCAACUUUGCCGAACUUACGACAAAGCUUAGUUUCUCUCACGUGAAAUAUAAUGCCUGUGUUACUCUUCUUUCUCAAAGGCACUGCAUUGCACCUUCAACGUUAGUCAAGUCUCUGGCUACCCAAGUGGCUGUCAAACAAGUGGAAGGUGACUCUGCUCUUGAAUUGUCCCUGCGAAAAGCUGAAGCUGAUGUCAGGAAGUACGGACAGAUACGUGGGACCAAAUUGGAUCAAAUCUUUAAAAUAUUUCAAUCUUCGAAAUCUGUUAGUAGUACCCAAGCCCUUAUGCUCUUACGAUGUUGCGGAAACUUGGUGGCUAGUGAAUUACCAGAACACAAAUCUGAAAUUGCUAAUCGAAUAUGGGAAAGCUUGAAAAAUUCAGGGACUGAAUUGGAAGUAUCUCACUUUAAUGCCCUGCUGCGUGUAUACAUUGAAAACGAGUAUGCAUUUUCACCUGCUGAAGUUUUGGCUGAAAUGGAUAAAGCAGGCAUCGAACCUAAUAAGCUUACGUACCAAAGAUUAAUUACUCGUUAUUGUCAGCAAGGGGAUAUCGAAGGAGCAAGUACAAUAUUAGAGUUUAUGAAAGAAAAAAAUUUGUCCGUAAAUGAGAACAUAUUCACUGCGUUAAUCAGGGGGCAUUCUGAAGCAGGCGAUAUGACAAGUGCAGCUGAAAUUUUAUCAAUAAUGAGGACCGCUGGCUCGGAACCUUCAGCCGAUACAUACAAAGAACUUCUUUGCGGCUAUGCAAAACAUGGCGAUAUGGAAUCUAUCACCCGUACAAUUUCAGAGUGCCGGUCAAACAAUAUAGAUCUGUUAGACGCAGAUUUUCUGGAUGUCAUUAAUUCCUUAGCCUGCGGUGGACAUACUCAACAUGUUGAGGCAAUACUUUCUAUAAUGCCUAAGGAAGUUGGCUACCUCCAUGAUGCUUUGAAUCAUAUUUUGAAAUUAGUUCAUUCUGGGCAAGCAGAAGCUGCUAUGCAGGUGUUACGAUCUAUACCAAACGUUGACAAAGGCCAAGUUGGUAGUCCACUGCUAAAAAAUCUUGUUAAAGCUGACUUGCCUGCUGUACAACUCAUCGAUAUGUGCAAUGAAAUUGCAAACAAGGGUAUUAAUUCUCGAGCUCUCUACAUAGGUUUGGAAUCUAAACUAUUACAAGGAGAUGUUGAGGGGAGCUUAGCAUUUCUAAAUACAUUACGCGAUUCUGGUGAAGAAAUAAGGCCACAUUACUUUUGGCCAUUGUUUAUUGCACUGAAGUUUUCAAAUAAAGAUAUUCUCGACCUUGUGGAAACCAUUCAACAGGAGUUUUCAUUGGUCAUCACACCAGAUACCUUACGUGAUUAUAUUAUACCUUGUAUGAAUGGUACACCCGACGAAAUUUUUAGCGAAUUAAUUCUGACUGGUGCAGCAUCAGGGACUAUCGCAUAUGCAAUUGUCUACCAUUUGAUCGUCGAUAUGAGGCUGAAAGAAGCAGCUGAUUUCUGUACAAAGCACGAAUUUUCUUAUAAUGUACAGUCACUUUGUAGACCACUUGUGAAAGCUUUAAAAGAAACAGGAGACACUGAGUCAUUUGUUACAAUACUUGGUAACAUGUGUGAACGCACAAUGAAAACAAUGGAGGACGAUGAUAAAAAAAAGAUGGUUUGCAAUGACGUAAUCGAGCUUUAUCUUUCUGAGAUCGCAUUGUUAAUAAAAAAGGAUAAAUCUAACUUACAAGCUCAAAUUUACAGCGAGCUUUCGAAAGCAGGUUUGGAUAUUGGUAAUACUGGUGCAUUCCCUCUUUCCCAAAGAUUAGCUUCACAAAUGCCACCAAAAAUGAAUAGUUUCAUGUCACGAAACAAAUCCGGAAAUUAUAACAUUCGUUCGGAAAUUCAGAAUCUAGAGCAAGAAAUAUACACAUCUUCGAAGAAUGCUGAAGCAAGUUCUGCCAAAAAACAGCGUCUACUACUUUUAUACAGUCGCAGCGGAGAUAUAGCAAAUCUUGAGAAAUUGGUGGAGGAAUUAAAAGAAGAUGGUAUUCAGUUUACUGAAAGUAUGUACAAGACACUGGUGAAUGCUUACUGCAAUGUAGAAAUGCUGGAUAAAGCUGAACAGUAUAUCUCAGCUCUUAACGCUUCAUAUCCAACAUAUGUCCUGGAUGCAAAUACGACCAUAAAGUACAUCAGUCUUCUUGUGAAAGCUAAUCGUAUCAAUGACGCAGUACAGUAUGUGAAGAACAUGCCAAAUAUUGAUGCCAAAAAAGAUAGUGGGCCAAAAAAAAUUUGGUGGAAAAUACUGAAGAGUGUAGCAGAAUUGGGGAAUGUUGAAGCUGUUAAUGCAAUAUUUAAUACCCUUGUACAAAAAGAGUAUAUAGGACUCACUGCUCCAUAUCUGGGAAUGCUAAUCAAGGUGCACGUUUGCAGAGAUGACCUGAAAGAAGCUCUAAAAAUGUUUGAAAAAAUAUGUGAAACAUACCGAGUUACUCCUUAUAAGUCUGAAUUAGCUAAAAAAUUCAUAUUAGCUGAGGAUGCGACUUCUUUGCAACGAAUGACUGAUCUCAGUACACAAAUUCAUGGUGAACCUAAUUCUCUGUAUGAUCUUGCUCUGAACUUUAUAGAAUGUGAUUGUCUCCGUCAAGCAAAAAGGAUUUUGGAGAUUCCCGCCUUGUUUCCAAACAUUCGAAAACUAAAACUUCACUCUGAAAGAUGGAGAGAAUAUGGAGCGACAAGUUCUCUAGAAAAACUUAUUUCGGUACUAAAAGACAUACCACACUUAAAAGCAGUACCGGAAUUUUAUGAUGACUUGAUAUGCUGUUACAACAAUGAAAAUGCCUGGGAAGAAGCCUUCAAAUUUUGGCAAGAAAUGAUAGAACAAGAAAUUGAACCCUCUGAUAGAUUUCUUGCUAUUCUGGCUGAUCUUUUGAAGAGAAACAAUCAACCUGUUCCAUUUGAAGUACCGGUGUUACAAAAUUUCGAAAAAUUUCCCACAACGCAAAACGCAAAACGACAGUCUGUAAAUAGUAUCAGUGAUGAAAGUACACAUUCUAAUUCAGAAAUGAAUACAACGACCAAUAAUCGACCAAAGAGGAUGACAGGCGUCAAAGAAAGUUCUGAAUUGAUACAGUCAUUGCUAGACCAAGGAAAGCUAGAUGAAGCUGUUGAGAUAACCUAUGGUAUGAUAGAAGGAAAUAAAUAUCCUCUUUCUAGAGUUUUCUAUAGUUUGAUGAAGGCUAUGAUUGAAACUGGAAAUGAACAUUUGCUGAAACAAAUUGAGGAAAAGAUGUCCAGAAGUAUGAAGGUGAGGGUGAGAUUUCAAAACAAUUUAUGCAGAGCAUAUGCAGAAUUAGGGAAAUUGGACAAACUUUUGGAUUCGUUGGAGGCAAGUGCAGAAACAAUUGUUCAAAGUGCUGGUGAGCGGUCUUCACACAGAUAUCCACAAGUCCUGGCAAAAUAUGUACUAAAGGAUAAUUCUCAACUGCUGGAAAGAUAUAUAAACCUUACUGGAAAAUACGCGGCACAUGGAUUUGUUGACCCAGUAGAAAUGUUGUGGGUAGAAUUGUUUACAAAUGGACAACCGGAAGCACAUAGAAUAUGGUCUCAGUAUUUAUCUAACAAGCCAGAUUUACCGUUCACUUUAGUUGCUAAAAAUAUCGAGGCCAUGAAAAACUCGACAAUUCUUGAAAAGAUAGUAAAGAUAUCAGAUAAAAAUCCUCAUAUCAGUCAGAAUAUAAAGGGAUUGAUGUAUGCUUCAUUAAUUUCGGCAUAUUGUAGAGAACAUAAAUAUCAGGAAUCUAUAGCUGUGUUGCAAAAAGCAAUGGAAACGAUACCUCUAGAAUUCAUAGAACCAACUGUACUAAAUAAUUUAGACUCUCAUGUAAAAGCUCAAGGCUUGAACCUUCCAGCUGGUGUAUCUGAGAGUAUUGCUGAGGCAGUAAAAAACGCAGCUGAGAAACAACCGACGACAUGAUUUGAACAAAACUGUAAACCAACGAGCUUGAGGAAGCUUUAAUUAGUCUAAUUCACAAGUUCAAGUGAUGUUGUAGUAUUGCGAGUAAUUGUUUAUAGUUUUUCAUUCUCUGAUACACCAAUCCAAUACCAAGAUAUUGACACCAAAUUGGAGUUAUUAGAAAUUGUGCAUCAUAAUUACUAUCGUUUCAAGUAAUAGAGGUUUCAGGGAAUUGAAUCAUUGUAUCGUACUAUGAAAAAUAUCAAGAAUUUUCCAUAAUUUUAUUCUUUCCUGCAAAGUUAUCACAUUUGCAGAAUAAUAAAGUCAAAAGGCAACCCAUCACGUAUUCAGGCAUUUGCCAAUGACUGUGUGCAUUUUAUCAAAUCAUCACACUGGGUUCAAAUGUAAUUCCUAGUAAAGUACCUAUGUAGAUAAUUAUUAUACUUAUGUAAAAAUCUGAUAAUAAAAUUCCACAAAUCAUA